AUGGGAAGAGCUGAUCCUGGCACCGCUAAGUUCCAGUCCAAACAACUCAAGGCUUCGGGUCUCCAAAAACUACGAUUUUAUUGUCAAAUUUGCGAGAAACAGUGCAGAGACCAGAAUGGUUUCAAGAACCAUUUGCAAUCGCCUUCGCACCUAGGUAGAAUAUCCAACCUCAGCAAAGACGGAAAGGGAAGGUCUGUUGUGGAAGACUACCUGCGGCAAUUCGAACGUGAAUUCUUGAGGCUUCUAAGAAUCAACCACGGCACAAAGAAGAUAAACGCCAACAAAUUCUACCAGGAGUACAUUCUCAAUGACAAGAACCAUGUCCAUAUGAACGCUACAAAAUGGAAUACACUUACUUCCUUCGUUAAGUACUUGGGCAGGACAGGCAAGAUACGAGUCGAGACUCACGAUGAUGCUGUGGACGAGUUCGACCUCUUGAUCAGCUUGGUGGACCCACUGGUGUUUCACACCAAACAAACCAGAGAGAAGGAGCUCGUGUCGGAUGAAAAUAGAUCGAAUAACUUCAUCCAGAUGCAAAUUGCCAAGGGCAAAGAAACAAACAAUGCCACCACGAAUAACUCGCCGCAGAUGACGAAACCAAACUCAACUCUUGCAUCCAACAAACCUGUAAACCUAUCACUCAAGGGCCUUUCCACGAAAAAGAAAGUGACACCCGCCGCAUUUGGAGAUGAUGAUGACGACAGCGAAGACGAAAGCUAA